ACUUAGUAAGUGGGAACACUUUGAGAUUGAAGGAUGAAUUCGCUUGUGAUUUUUUUCGGCAUUUGCGGGCUUUGCAUGUGCCUGGCUGCUGGGGCAGGAGCCGCACCCACAACAGCCGAAACAACCGUGAAAGUGGAAAUGGAUGAAUCCACGACGCCGACUCUUCAGGAUUCCUCAGAUAACAAAUGCGAUAUUGAAUGGUCUGAGUAUAAGCAAAAAUACCAAAAGAACUAUCAGAGCAGCGGCGAUGAGGAGAAGCGUCACAAGAUAUUCUGCGAUAAUCUGAGCGAAAUCGAGAAACAUAACGCCGCCUACGAUCUGGGUCAGGAGAGCUACAAGAAGGGCGUUAACGAGUUCAGCGAUAUAACCCAAGACGAAUGGCAGAAAACUUAUCUCAAUAUGAAUUAGCUUUCCGUUUUUUAAAAUGCUUGAAAACUUACAUUGUCUUAAAAUAUCUCUUAAAUAUGUGAAAAAA